GAGGCACUUCCUGUCCGGUCAUUGUUCUCGGCCCGGUUGUAGCAUCAGUAGUCUCAGUCCGGGAAACUGGCGCUGGUGGGCUGCGCCGCUGUGACAACAGUACUCAUCUUGGCACUGGGAAAAAACUCAGAAGCUCUGGGACUUGGAGAUUAGAUGGGGUGUGACCGAUGUUGGGCAUCCCUCAGGGAGAUUCCCCCACUGAACAGAGAAGAUGACUGCAGAAUUGAAAAAGACCAUGGGCCGAGCCUCUCGGGGCCCAGUGAAGGUGAAGAAGGAAGAGGAUGAGGAUGGAGGCGUGAGCCCGGCGUCCAGUCAGCAAGUGUACUCCGAGAGUGUCAAGGCCUGGGGCCCAGGGGCAGGUCCUUAUCUAAGCAUUGACGUAUCAGAAGAGGAGGAAAAGGGUCAGAAAAUGUUCUGGGACAUGGCAGCGGUCCUAAAAGCAACACAGGAGGCUGCUGCUGCUGCACCCCUUGGGAGCUACUCAUUACCAGGGACUCUGGCCAAAAGUGAAAUCCUGGAGCCUCAUGGGAACCCAACCCCGCUAGGCACUGACACCAAGAACCUACAGGUACUGGUUCCUAAAACAGAGAUACAUGAUGAGCUAGAAGAGCUAGGAGAAUCUUGUGAAAAGGGAAAUGUAUUAAAAAGGCAGAAAAUCAAGAGGGAAAAAAGAGAUACAAGAAAAGUGACAGUGAAAGACUGUGCAUCGUCUGAAAGCUUCAGAGAAGAUGAAGACCCGAAAUCUAAGAAGUCUAGGAAGAAAUACAGCCUUAGUUCUGGCCCAGCUAAAAAUCAGAAAGUACAGCCUGGGCAAAAGCCUUUUACAUGCAGUGAGUGUGGGAAAGGCUUUAGUCAGAGUGCAAACCUUGUUGUACAUCAGCGAAUCCACACUGGAGAGAAACCCUUUGAGUGUCAUGAGUGUGGGAAGGCCUUCAUUCAGAGUGCAAACCUCGUUGUGCAUCAACGAAUCCACACUGGACAGAAACCCUAUGUUUGUGCAAAAUGUGGGAAGGCUUUCACUCAGAGUUCAAAUCUGACUGUACAUCAAAAAAUCCACUCCUUAGAAAAAACCUUUAAGUGUGGUGAAUGUGAGAAAGCCUUCAGUUACAGUUCGCAACUUGCUCGCCACCAGAAAGUCCAUAUAACUGAAAAAUGCUAUGAAUGCAAUCAAUGUGGAAAAACAUUCACUAGAAGUUCCAACCUCAUCGUCCACCAGAGGAUCCACACAGGGGAGAAGCCUUUCGCCUGUAACGACUGUGGCAAAGCCUUUACCCAGAGUGCAAAUCUUAUUGUGCAUCAGCGAAGCCAUACUGGUGAGAAGCCAUAUGAGUGUAAAGAUUGUGGGAAAGCCUUCAGUUGUUUUUCUCACCUUAUUGUGCACCAGAGAAUUCACACUGCAGAGAAACCUUAUGACUGCAGUGAGUGUGGAAAAGCCUUCAGUCAACUGUCUUGCCUUAUUGUCCACCAGAGGAUUCACAGUGGAGAUCUCCCUUACGUGUGCAAUGAGUGUGGGAAGGCCUUUACUUGUAGCUCAUACCUACUCAUUCAUCAAAGAAUCCAUAAUGGGGAAAAACCUUACACGUGUAACGAAUGUGGGAAGGCCUUCAGACAGAGGUCGAGCCUCACUGUCCACCAGCGAACUCACACAGGGGAGAAGCCCUAUGAAUGUGCAAAGUGUGGUGCAGCAUUCAUUUCUAACUCACACCUCAUGCGACACCACAGAACCCAUCUUGUUGAGUAGCAAGGAAGAGGAUGUUUCCUUGAUGCUGCUCCCAAUAGUAGGCACCUCUGUUCUGCUUUAUUCUUUGUUAAAACAAAGCUUAUACCCUUUAAAGUUAUUUUCUGUAAGGGAAAGUAAACACAAGCAUUUCAGAGGCUAAUUUAAAGAAAAUAAAAAAUGUCUAAAAGCCAA